GGAUGUUCGAAGCCGUUGGAAGGAGCAAGAAACAUGUCUGCCGGUCUGCCUGAACCGUCUGCCUGAACCCGUCUUAGUCACCGGCGGAAUUGGGUCCGCCCCCAACCCGAUGGUUGGUGGGUGGAAUGGCAGCCCUGACUGGCACCAUCCGAACAAUUAAAAAAGGGUGCUGGCCUGCCUUCUUCUUAUCCCCGUCUAUCAUCUUUCCACUUUACUGUCACAAUGGUUCUCAAACUCCACGGCUUCGUCCACUCGACCUGCACCCGGCGCGUCCGGACCGCCCUGGCCGAGAAGGGCCUCGAGUACGAGUUCAUCCCCGUCGAUCUGUCCAAGCUCGAGCAGAAGGCCGAGGCGUACCUGAACAACCUCCAGCCGUUCGGAAAAGUCCCUGUGCUGGAGGACACCGAGACCGGCGUCACCAUCUACGAAAGCCGUGCCAUCAACCAAUACAUCGCGACGAAGUACCGCGGCCAGGGAACGGAGCUGGCUCCCCCCGAGACCGACUUGAAGGCGUUUGCGUACUUCCAGCAGGCCGUCUCCAUCGAACAAGCCUACUUCGACCCCCCCGCCUCAAGCAUCGCGUUCGAGAAGGUCUUCAAGGCGCUCAAGGGUCUCGGCGCAACCAACGAGGCCGCUGUGCAGGCCUAUUUUGGCCAGCUGGAGGCCGCCCUUCACGGCUACGAGCGCGUUCUGUCCAAACAGCCCUACCUGGCGGGAGAGAGCUUCACUCUGGCUGAUCUGGCUCACUUGCCUUACGGAGUGUUCAUCGAGCAGUUUGGGUUUACUGACCUGGUGGCCAAGUUCCCCCAUGUGCAGAAGUGGUGGGAGGGCCUGAAGGCGCGGGAGAGCUGGAAGAAGGUUACCGCGUAG